CAAACAGAGAGAGAUGAAGAGCGUAAACCCAGUGAAGAUGUUGGCGGCUUUUGCUCUGGCACUGCUAGUGUCCAGUGUGACUGAGGGAAGGAUCCUGAAUAAAUGUGAGCUGAAGGCCCAGCUGGAUGCCGCUCAGUUUCAGCAGAUCACCGUCAUGGAAGAGACAAUAACCGUGAACAGUCUCAUCACUAGACUUGUCUGCAAGGCCAGCAGCUCAGCCUUCAACACCAGCUUUGUCAAAAACACCACGGUCCACAAUAAGGAGAUGAAGCCAUCACAAGCCCCACCUCAAGCUGCAUCCCAAAUUCCACCUAAGGCUCCAUCAUCUGGAGGUCCACCUCAAGCUCCAUCAUCUCGGCUUCCACCUCAGGCUCCAGCUGGAGCUACACCUAAGCCCCAUGCACAUGCUCCCACGAAAGGACCCCAGGGCUCCGGCCACGAGACGCAGCCAAACACUGCCACCAAAGUUGUCAGGCACCUGUAUGGUGUGUUUCAGCUCAGUGAUCAGUGGGCCUGUGAUUCCGGCAUGAACCCAUCUCUCAAUGUCUGCAACACGACCUGCUCUGCUUUGACAGACGAUGACAUCACUGAUGACAUUGCCUGCCUGAAGACCCUGAUGAACAUCACGUGAGUACACAGCAAACUCA